AUAUAGUAACAACUGACGUGGAGUGUGACGUAUCACUGUUGUUAAAGUGAAUCAUCUUUACUGUAGGGAUGCUGAGCUUUAGACAGGAGGCCUGAAACCAUCAUUUCUCCAGCAUAUCAUUCAUCCAUCAUCCUCCCAGCGCGAUGGAGGAGAUUCUCCGCAAGCUUCAGAAGGACGCGUCGGGCAGCAAACAUAAAGCGAUGCGGGACGCGUGCGGCGUCGCGCGCGAGACCCUUCAAGCUCAGAAUGGAUCAGUUAAAACACCUCCAUCUAAACUCAGAGAGAAGUGUUUAUUCCCUCUUCGGCUGGCGCUGGAGUCUAAAAACACUAAACUGGCUCAGACUGCCCUCACUGGAAUGCAGAAGAUCCUGUGUGAGGAUUGCUUUGCCGCUGUGGAGAGCGAGGGCCCGGAGAAGCAGCUUCUGGGUCAGAUCCUGGAGGCCAUCCGGGUGACGCCCGCCUUACAUGAAGACCUGCAGGUGGAGGUCAUGAAGGUCCUGCUUUGUGUCACCUACUCCUCUACAUUUGAGAUCAAUGGACACAACAUGUUGAGGAUUGCUGAGGUGUGUAUCGAGACGUACAUAUCGAGUUGUCAUCAUCGCAGUAUCAACACAGCGGUCAGGGCCACUCUCAGCCAGAUCCUCGGAGACCUCGCUCUACAACUACGCCAUCGACAGGAAAACACAGGUUUUGAUGCCGAGGAACGUUGCAUUCCUGUGCACCAGCGCAAAGAUGUCUCUCCUACUACUGAUGCGCUGUAUGAAGAUGUUGUUAUGGUGCUCACUGUUUUCUGUGACAAACUGGAGUCUGUCUCAAAUGAAAACCAGCUGCUGCAGUUGUUGUACCUGGAGUGUAUUCUGUCUAUGCUGAGCAGCUGUCCUCCCACAAUGCACCUGCAUCGUAAUUUCACUGACCUCAUCUGGAAGCAGUUGUGUCCGACUCUGGUGGUGAUUAUGGGAAACCCCGCGAGUGAUAAAAGCAUCAGCUCCGCCCACGGUGGGCCGUCUCAGGACUCGGACGCGGCCCCGGGGUCAGGGGUCUCGGACCAGGGCCGGGGUUCUGGCUGCUCGUCGAGCGCUCCCGGCAUGAUCGGGCCCGUCGUUCGCACCAUCUGCUAUGUGGCCGCGGAGUUAGUCCGCCUGGUGGGCUGUAUCGAGUCCAUGAAGCCAGUGUUGCAGUCCCUGUACCACCGUAUUCUGCUCUACCCCCCACCCCAGCACAGAGUGGAGGCCAUUAAGAUUAUGAAGGAGAUCGUGGGAAGCCCCCAGCGCUUGUUUGACCUGGCUGGUCCAUGCCUUAUUGAACCUGAGACGAGAAAGAGGUCUUUCUCAAAAAGGAAGUCGCAUCUUGAUCUUCUCAAACUGGUAAUGGAUGGUAUAACAGAAGCAUGCAUGAAGGGUGGAAUUGAGGCGUGCUACUCCUCCGUCUCCUGCGCUUGUGCACUAUUGGGUGCUUUAGAUGAGCUCAGUCAAGGGCGUGGCCUGCAGCCAGACCAGUCUCGAAUGCUGCUGCGGCGAUUGGAUGAUCUGAAGGAAGGGGCGGAGUCAAUGCGUGAGCCUGUAGAACUCAACGAAGCUGAUUUCCGCUGGCAGCGGCGCGUGCUUUCGGCUGAGAACGCCGCCUGGGAGACCAGCAUCGCCGAACGCAGCCCUGACAUCAGCAUCAGCGUCACGACCGACACGGGCCAGACCACUGUAGAGGGGGAGAUCGGUCAGACCACUCUGGAAGGGGAAAUGGGCCAGACCACUCCAGAGGAUUUUGGGGAGGGACAACGCCUACCUUCGCCGUCUACCGGCGGGGCCGCGGAUCUCCCCGAAUGUGUACGAGACAGUGGCGUCCCAGAAGCCCCGUCCGGCACGGCCCCUCCCGAUGUAGUGCAGCGCAGUCACGGCUUGGCCUACCCUGACAUCACCAACUUUCUAUCCGUGGAGUCUCGGACGCGCUCGCACGGCUCACGGUACAGCGAAAGCAACUUCAGUGCGGAUGAGCAGGAGCUGUCGCGCUAUGAGUUCGAUUCGUGUGACCAGUACUCCAUGGCUGCCGAAAAGGACUCGGGACGCUCCGACGUCUCCGACAUGGGGUCUGACAACUGCUCUCUGGCUGACGAGGAGCAGACGCCGCGGGAGUGUCCGGGCCACCGUACGCUACGCACGGCUGCUCUGUCCCUGAAACUGCUGAAGAACCAGGAAGCAGAUCAACAGAGCGCCCGGCUCUUUGUGCAGUCUCUGGCUUCACUCCUGCCUCGCCUGCUGGGACUGCACAGCACCACCGAUGUAGACGUGUCCCUGCAGAACUUCUCCACCACCUUCUGUUCGGGUCUGCAAGCAGGUGGGGUUCAUUCUCCAGGUUUCGAGGGCAGUGAAAACCUGAACUGUCAGGCUCUGAUGAAUGCGGAUGGAUUGUACCUGGUUUCCUAUUAUGCUUUACUGCUCAACCUCAAACUGUGCUGCUGUGACUUCUACCACAGGAAACCCACGUCUGCUCUGGUGUCUUUGAAGGAGUUUGUGCGUCAGAUCCAGAGCAGUGGGGUUCUGGUGGUUCUGUCUCAGGCCUGGAUCGAGGAGCUCUAUAACCAGGUUUUGGACAGGAACCUGCUGGGAGAGGCGGGAUACUGGGGCUCGGCAGAGGAGCAGUCUUUACCUCUCAUCACCAUGCUCACUGAUAUUGAUGGACUGGGCAGCAGUGCUAUUGGUGGUCAGCUGAUCAGAAAGGCCUCAACACAGUCGCCCUUUACCUGUGACAAGAAUGGCAGUGACAACUUGGUGGCAGGUGUGGUAUUUGCCCGCUUUAUCCUGACCGGCUGCUGGAAAAACCUGAUCGACACGCUGUCCAUGCCGCUCACAGGGCGCAUGGCGGGAAGCUCCAGGGGUCUCGCCUUUAUUCUCGGAGCCGAGGGAGUUAAAGAGCAAACUCAGAGAGAGAGAGACGCCAUCUGCCUUAGCCUGGAUGGUCUACGCAAGGCUGCGGCUCUCAGCUGCGCUCUGGGUGUGGCGGCCAACUGCGCCUCAGCUCUUGCCCAGAUGGCAGCAGCGUCAUGUGUUCAGGAGGAGAAAGAGGAGAAAGAAUUGGGGGAGACUGGAGAUGCCAUUGCUCAAGUUAAGCAGCGUGUGGAACAGAAACUCGAGCAGAUGGGCCGCUGUCAGGGCGUGAGGCUUCACACGGCUCAUGUGCUCUGCAUGGACGCUAUACUCAACGUGGGGCUGGAGAUGGGCAGCCAUAACCACGACUGCUGGCCUCACGUGUUCAGAGUGAUUGAGUAUGUUAGUUCACUGGAGCACACACACUUCAGUGACGGCGGCUCGCAGCCUCCGAUGGCCAUCACACAGGCAGCGCAGGCCGUGGCCGUGGACCCGGAGCUGGAGCUGAGCGGAGAGGCCAGUCCAGAGCUGGAACUGGGUCUCAGCCAUCCCGUUAUCCAGCCGCUCUCCAUCCAGGAGCUCCUGAGGGAAAGCAGUCGCGGGAAAGCAGCGGACCUGCGGGGCGGCAGUCUGCUCACGGGCACCAGCGUGGCCAAAGCCGUCUGCACUCUCUCCACACAAGCUGACCGGCUGUUCGAGGAUGCCGUCAGUAAACUCAACCUCGUGGGUCUCGUGGGUUUCCUGCAUCAGCUCAGGAAAGCUUCCCAGUCUCAACUGUUCGAUUCGGUCACAGAAACCGGAGACUAUUCCUUAGCCAUGCCAGGGGAGGCGAAGUCGACCCAGGACAAGCGCAGCGCCCUGCACCUGUUCCGGCUGGGAGAGGCCAUGCUUCGCAUCGUGAAGAGCAAGAGUCGACCUCUUCUGCACAUGAUGAGGGCCUGGAGUGUGGUGGCGCCGCAUCUGGUGGAGGCGGCCUGUCACAAAGAGCGCCACGUAUCCCAGAAGGCCGUGUCCUUCAUCCAUGAUGUUCUGAUGGAGGUUUUGAUCAGCUGGGCAGAACUGCCACACUUUCAUUUUAAUGAAGCUCUCUUCAGACCUUUUGAGCACAUCAUGCAGCUGGAGCUCUGCGACGAAGACGUCCAAGAUCAGGUGAUAACGUCCAUCGGAGAGCUGGUGGAGAUGUGUUCAGCUCAGAUCCAGUCUGGCUGGAGGCCGCUGUUCAGCGCUCUCAGAACCGUGCAUGGGAACAAAACUGAUAUGAAGGAUUACCUGAUUGGAGAAUAUUCCAUGGGGAAGUCACAGGCGCCAGUGUUUGACGUCUUCGAAGCCUUCAUUAACACGGACAACAUUCAGGUGUUCGCCAACGCCGCCACUGACUACAUCAUGUGCCUUAUGAAGUUUGUGAAAGGUUUAGGAGAAGUGGACUAUAAGGAGAUCGGCGACUGUGUUCAUGCCAGUGGAUACAGCUCCACAGACCUGUGCCUGCCCGCCCUGGACUAUCUGAGGAAAUGCUCACAGCUGCUUGCCAGGAUCUAUAAGAUGCCAACCAAGCCGGUUUUCUUGGGUGCGCGUCUGGCCAGUCUCCCGAUGAGAGCGCAGGAGAGAUCCGUGAGCAGCGAGGAGGGCAUGGACUGUGUGUUAGCAGAGUUUGACGACGAUACAGGUCUGAUCCAGGUGUGGAUCCUCCUGUUGGAGCAGCUGACUGCAGCCGUGUCGAACUGUCCUCGACAGCAUCAGCCGCCGACACUCGAGCUGCUGUUUGAGCUUCUGCGGGAGGUCACCCAGACCCCAGGGCCGGGGUUUGCCAUCUUCUCUGUCAUCCAGCUGCUUCUCCCGGUCAUGUCUCUGUGGCUCCAGCGCAGUCACGGCGAGCACUCGUACUGGGACAUCGCGGCGGCUAACUUCAAGCACGCCAUCGGCCUGUCCUGUGAACUGGUGGUGGAACACAUUCACAGCUUCAUACAUUCAGAUAUUGGCUAUGAGAAUCUGAUUAACCUGAUGCUGAAAGAUCUCUUCAAACUGCUGGUGUCCUGUGUGGCAGAACCAGCCGAGACCAUCUCCAGAGUGGGCUGCUCCUGUAUCAGGUAUGUUCUGGUGAGUGCAGGGCCUGUCUUCACGGAGGAGAUGUGGAGGUUAGCAUGCUGUGCCCUGCAGGACGCUUUCUCUGCGACCCUGGAGCCUGUGAAGAAUCUGCUGGCUUGUUUCCGGAGCGGUUCGGACAGUUUCACUGGAGACGCGUGUGAAGUGAAAGUCGCGGCCCCGUCACACACUCCGUCAGCAGAGGCCGAGUUCAUGCGGAUCCGGGCCAUGGCUCAACAGGUCUUCAUGCUAGAUACGCAGUGCUCACCUAAAACUCCCAGUAACAAGGAAGGGUUUGAGCACGCUCAGUCCUGUGUGCUGAUCAUUGAGCUUCCAGCAGAUCCGCAAUCCAACGGCCAAGCGCAGAAGAGAAAAAUUGGGAUUCCCUUCAGGACUCUGGUGGUGAGUUUGCUGUCUCAUCAGGUGCUCCUCCAGAACCUGUAUGAUAUCCUCUUGGAAGAGUUUGUGAAGGGCUCCGGGGUCCCUGAGGGCCAGGCCAGGGUCCCGGCCGUGUCGGAGCCCCGAGGCGCAGGCUUUCUCCGCUACAUCUCCAUGCAGAACCUGGCCAUCAUCUUUGACCUGCUGCUGGACUCGUACCGCACAGCGCGGGAGUUCGACACGCGUCCCGGACUCAAGUAUCUGCUCAUGAAAGUGUCGGGGGUGUGUGGAGCUGCCAACUUAUACCGCCAAUCUGCCAUGAGCUUCAAUAUCUACUUUCAGGCUUUGCUGUGUGCAAUGCUGACGAACCAGGAGAACAUGACGGUGGAGCAGGUGAAGAAGAUCCUGAGUGAGGACGAGGAGGGCGGCUCAGACUCGUCCCAGCAGUGCUCCUCCGAGGACGAGGAUAUCUUCGAGGAGAUGGCCCAGGUGAGUCCUCCUCGUGCGCGGGAGAAGCGUCAGUGGCACGCUCGCGUCCCGUCUCUGAGCACGCAGCCCUCCAGCGGCGCAGACUGGGCCUGGCUGGUCAAACGCCUGCACAAGCUCUGCAUGGACUCGUGCAACAACUACAUCCAGAUGCACCUGGACCUGGAGAGCAGUUUAGGAGAACAACCCACACACCGGGCCGACCCGCUCUUUUUCUUACCGCUUUUUAAUUCGGAGACGUCCACGCCCUCGACCGGGGGCCCGUCGGGUCACGGGACGCCCUCAGAGGACAGUGUCCGCCUUCACCUCGACGAAACGCCCUCGGAUGAGAUCCACAGUCCCGGUGGAUUGAGUGCAAAUGUCCCCCAGCUGAGAGGAGAGCGGAGAGACGGGGCCCGUAAGAAGGAGUGGUGGGAGAGUGCGGGGAACAAGCUGUACACCAUCGCCACCGACAAAACCCUCAGCAAACUCAUGAUCGAGUACAAGAAACGCAAGCAGCAGCAGCAGCACAAUCACCCUGUGUUCCCCAAAGACGCCGGAGAGAAGAGGGGCGAGGCGGGGACCCUGCGCGGGCCGGACCCCCCGGGACCCCCGAGGCCUCAGCAACUGGUGGAGCAGGGGCCGAUGAGACACUCCUUCAGCGCGGGGCCCGAGCUCCUGAGGCAGGAGAAGAGGACCCGAUCGGGCUCCGCCGCCAGCUCGCACAACAUCUCCAUCAGAGACUCUGAGGCACAGAUACAGGCCUGGACCAACAUGGUCCUCACGAUCCUGAACCAGAUCCAGGUGUUGCCGGACCCCACGUUCAUGGCCCUCCAGCCAGCCGUGUUCCCCUGCAUCAGUCAGCUGACCUGUCAUGUGACCGACCUCCGAGUGAGGCAGGCGGUGCGCGAGUGGCUCGGGCGAGUGGGGCGCGUGUAUGACAUCAUCCUGUGAUCGUGUGCUUUACUCUUCGCUCAUAUGUCCUGUGGCGUCCAACUUUGCUAACUCUUUUUACCGUAGUGCACACAGUGAUCUCUGUGUAAUACCAAACCCUUCUGCGAAUGUUCUUCAACAUCCAUGCUGUUAUAUUCAGAAUCUAUAUUUUUAUUUAUUUAUAUCUCUGAAUGUUUAUGUGCCAUAUACAGAAUUAUGUUGUUUUUCUCUCUCAUCUAUAUGAACAUUUCAACCAGUUAAAGCCAUUGCUCAAUGAACUUAAUGCACUUUCGUCAAUGCUUUGAUUAAUAUAUCUAAAGCAUGAACUCGUGCUUUGCUAAAUGCAGUUUUAUGGUGGUAUUAGUUCAUGUACAUAUUAUACAAUGCCUUAAAAUAUGAAUUUUCAGAGGAAUUGGCUUAAGUUAGAUAUUUAAUUCACUAGAAGACAUUGUCAUUUGGUAGUAUGAGCAUAGUUUAAGGAUGUGUUGAAAGCUGUUUAAUAUCCAACGUCCAUCCAGUCAGAAACUGUGCCAUAGAUCCCACUACCCAUAAUCCAACGGGAAUCUAAGUUCACCAAACAACACUUCGUCUGACUAAACUUGAAUAAAAGAGUGAGAAAUAAAAUCUACAAUAAGUGUAGUUUUUAUAAAACCUAAAAGCCACUUAUUAUCUCCAACGGUUUAGGGAUCUUUUAACUGGAGACUAUUUACAGUCUAUUUAUGUUUGCACUUACAAUUUUAACGCUUUAUCCCAAAUAUAUUUUAUUCAUCGAUGUAGAACUGCAGUUGUUUUGACUUUUCAUUUUUGUCUUCAAUCAUCUGCAUGUAUUAUCUAUAUGUUGAUUUUUAUGUGCGCGUGAAAAAGGAUAUUUAUUUUGUGAUGCUUAAUGUUAUUAAGAGAAAUUUGCUCGACAAGUUACAAAGAAAUGUUAUGUAAUUCAUAUACAGUUAUUUCCGAAAAGGCUAUUGUGCUGUACACUUCAUUAUGUGCAAUGGGAACUAUGAGAAUCUGGACCAUACACACAUACUCUUUACAUGUAUCCAGUGCACACACAGCCUAUGUUGUGUAAUCUUUAGCUCGUUUUGCUCAUUUUCGGUUGCUUGGCAUAAACACCAGGGGGAGAUUAAACCGGAUGUUGAAAGGGACCAAAGACUAAGAUUGAAUUCUGGAAAACUAUUAUUUUCAGCAAAACAAAGAGUCCAGGUUUUCAUUUUCUUUGUUCCUCUUCUUCUUUUUCUAGGUACACACUGAAGUCUAGUCUACAUCUGUCUGUUUUGAGUCGGUUAGCACAAACGUUCUGUUUCAACAGAUUUUGUCUGUGCAAAAAUAAGGACUUUAUAAACUCUAAGGGAUAUUUUUAGAGGAUGUUUUGUGUAAAUGAUUGGUUUGAGACUAAACUUUCAGCGCUCUCUGUCUAAAUCCAUAGGAAAACACUAUGGGUUAUGUUGUGCAAACAUGAAAAUACAAGCUAAAAUGUGUAAUAGUUUAUAAUGCCACUCCAUUCCCUGUAAUCAUCCCAUAAUGCACCAAGCAUAUAUCUAUUAUUUUAAGUACUCUGGUGAGGAUAUAUUAGUGUGUGUUUUGGAGGGGGUGCGCUCAUACUUGUUUACUACAUGCUGUUUAUUAUCUGACUUCUAUCAAUCAACUGCAGUACAUGUGCAUUACGCUGAAUGUGUUCUGGAGUGUUUAUUGGACGAUCAUUUAUGUUUAAGUGUUGUAGAAUAAAUAAGCAGAGUUAAAAAC